CCGAUUUCCCACCUUACUGCCAGCUAUCCAACUUGCCCGUCACACAUUCGCUCCAGUAGAAGCCAUCAUGCUGUACAAGAACGUUCUCCCCUUGGCGCUCGCCACCGGCGUCCUUGCGCAGAGCGAUACGCCUAGCCUGACGGAGGCUCUGGCGUCCCAGAACGAUACCCUGUCGUCCCUGACCACACUCAUUGGUACCCUGCCUGACGAGGUUGUCCAGUCUCUCAGCGAGGCCCAGAACAUCACCAUCUUGGCACCCAGCAACGAUGCGCUCGAAGCUUUCCUCAACAACACGGCUGCUUCCGCAGCCAUUGCUGCCGACCCAGGCCUGAUCCUCGCUGUUCUGCAGUACCACAUUCUCAAUGGGACCUACUACACCUCCAACAUCACUGGCGCCGACGGCCCUCUCUUCGUCCCAACCAUGCUGACCAACGAGACGUAUGCCAACGUCACUGGCGGCCAGCGCGUCGAGGUCAUCCCACCUGAGGGUGAUGACAGCGAUGUCACCUUCUACUCGGGUCUCAAGGAGAACUCGACAGUCCAGCAGGCUGACCUCAACUUCACCGGUGGCACCAUCCACAUCAUUGACCGUGUGCUCACCCUGCCGCUCAACAUUAGCGACACCCUGCGCGCCGCCAACCUGACAGCUACUCUCGGCGCUGUUCAGCGUGCUGAUGUCGGCGAGGCCCUUGGCGAGGCUCGCGACCUGACCGUCUUUGCUCCCGAUAACUCGGCCUUCGCCGCCAUUGCCAACCUAGUCAGCGGUGACAAUGGACUGAAUCAGUCUGCUCUUGCUGGCAUUCUAGAGUACCACGUCGUCGCAGGCCAGGUCCUCUACAGUGACCUCAUCGAGAACACCACCCUCGAGACCCUCGGUGGCGGCGAGCUCACGGUCUCCGUCGUCAACGGAAGCGUAUUCGUCAACUCUGCCGAGGUUGUCGUCAGGACGUUCUCAUCAGCAACGGUGUCGUCCACCGUUCUCAACCCGAGCAACACCACUGCCACGCCCGACCCCUCGGCCUCGACCCCUGUUCCCGCCUUCACCGGCGCCAGCACGGUCUCGGGCGGCGCCAACCCCUUGACGUCGGGCGUCGAGGGCCCCACGUCCACCGCGCCCAUCGCCACCGGCGCUAACCCUGGCGCCGAGGGCGGCGGCGGCACCAGCACCAGCACCGAGGCCGCGCCCAUGCGCACUGCUGCCGUGGGUGUUGCGGCGCUGUUCGGCGCUGGCGUUGUCGCCUUCAACAACAUGUAA